AGAGAGAGAGAGAGAGAGAGAGAGAGAGACAAUCAGUGCUGUCCCUCUAUGCCAGCCAGCCACACUGACUGUCCCCAUGAUAAUAAGGACACUGGCUGCACAGAGCCACCUGGUCCUGGAUACCUCAGACCGGUUACUCUGCAAUAACCUUUCUCCCUCAGAAGAAGGGACCAUUACUGUUCUGGGCUGAUAACCUGCCUGACUGCUUGUGUACAUUUGCUUGAGGCGUCCUAGUAGGUGCAACCUUCUAAGCAGUGUGUAGGCAAGGAGCUGGGCUGCAGUUGCUGUGUAAAGUGAAAGAGCCAGGACGUGCAGCACUGAGCUCUGUGUAUCAGGAUUCAUUGCUGGGAGAGCAGCUCUGUGCCAUUGCCUGAGAGGGCUUACAAAGACAAAACUUUCAAUAGAGACUAUUAUUGGUUCCAUUCACCUCCUCCUCUUCCCAAGAGACAGCAUUGUGCCGGCAAUGAGGAAUAGCAACCUCUACUCAACACAGGGCAGUGAGAGACAGGAUCAGAUCGGUGCGACAAGUCCCGGAGAUCUGAUCUGAGGAUACUGGACAAUCUGGACCGGAUCGUGGAUGAAUUCUCUAACCUGUUCUACACAAAAUGCUUCUCAGCUGCUAAAUACAAAACCACUGCUGGAUACAACUGCAAUAUAAUUACAAAUAGUUCCCUUUAAUGUCUGCAACAGUUUAACUAAACAUAUUAGUUGCCGGAUUGUCCCUCUGAAAUGACAGUAAUCAUAUGUCUUCUGUGCAGUGUUGGAACUUGCAAUCCGUGAAAGUGUUGUUAUUUUUUACCUAAUCACAUUGGUUUUACAGUGUCACAGUCGAUUUAUUCUGCAAAGAGACCAGCAUUACAAUAAGUGGAGAAGAGGUAGCAUUGUGGACGGAGCUCGUGUACCUGGUAGACAGGGUAGAGCAGCGUCUGGCUGAUGGUCGGCUUCAGCAUCGGGGUCUCUGUGCUGAGGGUUCCACAUCACCUAUUACAUCUGUGUGAUAUGAGGCACAGGAACAAGAUGCAUUUUUUCAGGAGUUACUCCUACGAGAUCCAAGUGGACCAGAGAUCUGAUGACAUUACCAAAAGUAUCCAGGGCAUCAGAUGGACCCCGCUUCCUGAUAUUGAAUCUCAAGAGGAGUACAGCCAAACCAUAAAACAGGUGGUGUCACACAAAGUUUGGAGAGCAGCAAAAGUUUUGUACACUAACCUGCUUAACAUGUCGCCGACUGUGAUGCGUGAUAGAAAGCAUCAUUUUCGGAAUUACAGGCAAUGCUGUUCCGGAAAAGAGCUUGUGGACUGGUUAAUUGGCAUCGGUCACCAGUCGCGCAGUCAGGCGAUAGGAAUAUGGCAGGUGCUGGUGGAUGAAGGAUCACUGGUGCAUGUGAGACAAGAACCAAACUUCCAAGAUAAAGAUUCACAGUUUUACAGAUUCCUUAAAGCCGAGCUGUUCCUAGAGCCAGCACUGAGUGACCGGGACACUGAGGAUGAACUGCAGGAGUCUCUGGUGUUCCUCGCACAGCUUGGGCCAUCAGCUCUGCUCACAAUGAUCCUUCGUAAGCCUCCUUGUCACCGAACUGAAGAAGAACUGGAGGUGAUAUUCGAAGAAUUGUUACAUAUUAAAUCAGUCUCCCAUCUCUCCAAUUCGGUGAAGAAGGAAUUAGCAUCUGUGCUGGUGUUUGAGUCUCACGCAAAAGCUGGAACAGUGUUGUUUAGCCAAGGUGAUAAAGGCACUUCUUGGUACAUUAUAUGGAAAGGUUCAGUGAAUGUGGUCACCCAUGGCAAGGGUCUGGUCACUACACUUCAUGAAGGAGAUGACUUUGGGGAGCUGGCUCUUGUGAAUGAUGCCCCGAGAGCAGCUACCAUCGUAUUACGAGAGGACAACUGUAACUUUCUGCGAGUAGACAAACAUGACUUCAAUCGGAUUCUUCGGGACGUAGAGGCUAACACUGUGCGUCUAAAGGAACAUGGAAAGGUUGUAUUGGUCUUGGAAAAAAUCCCUCAAGUAUCUGGGAAUAACCUGCAAACAGCGAUACCUGGCAAUAACAAGUACACAGUUAUGUCUGGAACAGCUGAUAAAAUCCUGGAACAUUUGCUGGAGACCAUGAAGUUGGAUUCAACUCUUAAUAAUCCAGAAGACUCUUUUGCUGUGGAAUUCCUCUUGACGCACAGUGUGUUUAUUCCAACAAACCAGUUGUGCCAAGCACUGCUCCAUCAGUUCAGUGUGGAGGAUUCUGAAGUGACGGAGCCUGAGAAGGCCACAUACUCCCUUCACAAGAGGCAGAAUAUUGUGCGACUUGUCAGUCUGUGGGUGGAACUCUACGGGAAGCUUCUGGAGGCUGAUCCAAGUGCUAGAAGCUUUCUAGAGAAAGUCUCAGAAUAUGUCAGUGGAGACCCUCGUUUGAUCACUUGCUUAAAGGAAAAUCUUCAGGAUCGACGGAAGAACAGAACAAUGGAGAACUGUAGUGGAAACUCCCCACAAAUAAAGGGUUACAACUGUGGGAACCUUCUCUCCAGUCUAGAUGAGGAUCAGUCUAGCAACUCGUACACGAUUCGAGCCCACAAGAAAGUGCCUUAUGAUAUAUAUUUACCAGACCAUUCCUGUAUGACCACUACAUUUGCGGUAAAUGCCCCUGUCCAAGAAGUGAUAUUGUCCCUAGCCACUAAGAAUGGCCGUGACAGAGACAAAGUCUUGGUUAAAGUGAACUCAAAUGGAGAGCAAGUAUGUCUGAAACAUGAGGACAUCGGCGUCUUCACUUCUCUGGGAGUCAAUGAAAGACUUUUCAUCUGCGGUGCCCAUGAGCUGUCCACUCUGUCUCCUCUUCCUGAGCAAAUGGGACCAAGCACCAGCAGUUACGAUAUCCUGGCUCUCAUCAGCUCGAAAGACCUUGCAAAUCAUAUGACAGAACAUGACUGGAACCUGUUUACCAGCAUCCACCAGGUGGAGUUGCUGUAUCACACAUUCGGGAAGCAGAGGUUCCGUUACACCACUACAGCUAAUCUGGAGAGGUUUAUAAAGCGCUUUAAUGAGGUGCAAUUCUGGGUGGCUACUGAAGUGUGCCUAUGCCAGGAGGAGGAGAGGCGGGCACUGCUCCUGCGGAAAUUCAUCAAGCUGGCAGCCCACCUUAAGGAACAGAAGAAUCUGAAUUCAUUCUUUGCUGUGAUGUUUGGCCUCAGUAACACAGCAGUCAGCCGCUUGUCCAGGACGUGGCAGAGAUUGCCAAACAAGACCCGGAAGUUAUACUCCAUCUUUGAAAGACUUAUGGACCCUUCUUGGAAUCAUAGAUCUUACAGGCUGGCUGUGGCCAAGCUCACUCCUCCCCUCAUCCCAUUUCUUCCUCUCAUCCUGAAAGACCUGACUUUCAUCCAUGAGGGCAACAGGAGUACACUGGAUAACCUAGUAAACUUUGAGAAGAUGCGUAUGAUUGCAAAGACUGUGCAGAUGUUUUACAGUUAUCGCAGCCAGAGCUACAUUCCCCUAUCACCUCUGUCACCUCUGAGAUCUAGACCACUCCACGUCCUUGAGGAUGCCACUGCUGUCCGGAUAUCUACAUAUUCAGAGUACUCUAUGAACCAAAGAAGCCCAGCAGCCACAUGGGCUCAUAUCCAGAAUAUGAAGGUGAUCGACAACCAGAAGAGGUUAAUGGAGUUGUCUCGCAGCCUAGAGCCAUCCUGAUACAUCUGACCAGUGUAUGUGGAACCUGUAACACUGCUGAUGAAAAGGGAAGCAGGCUCCGAGUCCUAAUAUAAUCCCUGUAUCAGGGGCACACUUCGUCAGUGGAUCACAGCCAAUAUUUGGACUCUACGUCUAGGAGAAAGUAGACUGAGCAUAAUCCAUGCCAAUUCUUACGCCAUAUUGAUGAUUUCAAUUUCUGAUGCUGCCAUUUAUCUUGAUUUUACCAUAAGAUUUAUAUUGGUGUUCAGAAACAAAAAUUGGAAAACUUAAAAAUAUUCCUAAAUCAUUUAAAAUGCUGUACAGCGCCUCAUUAUUAGUGAGCAUGGAUGAAGGUGUUCCUUCCGACAGUUCUUCUAGAGCAAUUGGCGCAGUAUUGGAACAGACUUCUUGCCAUUAUGGGAGAUUGGGAACUUCGGAUUUAUCAGACUUGAUCAAUGUAGUGACUGCAGUCAUAAAAACCAGUUCUUUUUAAUGAUUUCACUUUGAAGUACUCUACUCAUUUCCAACGGAAAACCAUAAACAAGCUGGAUGUUACCAACAGUGUUGCUGGUAAGAUAUCAAAGAGCAGAACUUUUAAUGCGCUUAUUCCAUAACGGGAGAGGAUUAUGAAAGCCAUAAAAGAAUUUAAGAAGAAAUUACAGAUUUUAUAAAUAGAUUGAAUGUGGCAACUGUUGUAUCUAUUUUCCAUAAUGUAUACUUUUUUGUGAAACCAUGAUUUCCUGACUAAAUAGU